AUGGCCUUCUUUCAAUCUCCUCCGUGGCAUGACGGAGAGAAGUCCAUCCAUAAACGUACCCAUGUACGCUACGACGAGGACAACCCGACCUCACCUUUCUUGACUCCCCGGGCAGCGCAACAAAUUCAGCGCUACCAACUUAUGGCUCUUGGGACAUUGGACGACAACGACCGGCCUUGGUGCACAGUCUGGGGUUCUGGCAAACCUCCCCUGGCACAAUCCAUUGGGCAGAGCAUUAUGGGCAUUCGAACCAACGUAGACGCCAGUUUUGACCCCGUGGUUGAAGCCAUAUGGAAGGGGAAAGGUAAUGGGGAAGUCUUCCGACCCGAAGGUGAUGGGAAAAUGAUGGCCGGAGUGAGCAUUCAACUAGAAGAGCGAGGCCGAGUCAAGUUGGCCGGAAAGAUUAUCGCUGGGGCCCUCAACACUGGCGCGCAGUCUUCUGAGCAGACAAGGAACGAAGGCAAUAUUCCGUCAGGAAUAUCAGGCGAGGUCCAGUUGGUGAUUAAGAUUGACCAGAGUCUAGCAAACUGUCCGAAAUACCUCAACCGGAAGAAAAUCACUUCUGCGGCUCCGAAACCAGUGCUUCUCUCCUCUUCGCCCCAUCUCACACAGAAAGCCAUUGACCUCGUUCACCAAGCGGAUUUGUUUUUCAUCACCUCUGCACAUGAGCACGAGGACAUGGAUACCAACCAUCGGGGUGGCCCACAAGGCUUCAUUCGCGUACAUCAACCGGAGGAUCCCAACAAAGGAAGUACGAUCGUCUGGCCCGAGUACAGUGGGAACAAUCUGUACCAGACAUUGGGAAACCUGGAGACCACGCCUCGGGCGGGACUCGCCAUUCCAGACUUCGCAACGGGCGAUGUACUAUAUGUGACAGGAGACACAGAAACGCUGGUUGGCGCGGAAGCCAGCAACGUGAUUGCCAAGACGAAGCUCGCCGUGCGGCUGAAGGUCACAGGGGCAAGGCUUGUCCAAGAAGGCCUGCCUUUCCGCGGGACAUUGAUGGGUGACGCCUCGCAAGGUCGCUCACCGUAUAAUCCGCGCGUGCGGUUUCUAGCGAGCGAGCAGGCCGAUGGCAUGGCCACAUCCGCCGCUGGAACAGCUCCAAUCACCGCACAGAUGGUGCUUAAGUCAAAGAUCACGCCCACCAUCACGCGGUACCGGUUUGCACUGACGGAUCCUACGACGUUUGGGCCGUGGAAGCCUGGACAAUACGUGGCUAUGGAUUUCGCCGACGAGUUGGACAUGGGCUAUUCACACAUGCGAGACGACGACCCGACAAGCCUAAACGACGACUUCAUCCGGUCGUUCACCGUCUCGUCGGCCCCCAACUCUCUAGGCGUGCAUGGCGAGGAAUUCGAAACCACAAUCCGCACGGUCGGCAGUGUCACCCUUUGGCUCGAAUGGCAGCGUCCAGGGAUGUGCGAGGUGGAAGUGCUCGGGUUCGGCGGCGAGUUCGCCUUCGCACAAGACAACAGUGGUAAAAAGACUGGCUUUGUGGCCGCCGGCAUUGGAAUCACGCCGUUGCUUGGACAGAUGGGUCCUGGUGUUCUGGACCUGACGCGCCUCAAGGUCUGGUGGAGCGUUGGGAUCCGAGAUGUGGGAUUGCCGCUGGAUAUACUCACACAGUAUCCGGACCUGAGGCCUGCGUUGACCAUCUACCUGACCGGAGACGAGGCGUGGUUGGCAAGUGAUAGGGAACAACAGGUGAAAUUGCAAAAGCUCAUCGACACGGAUGUGGCCAUCAAGCGGAGGAGGCUCGAACAAACAGAUCUGACAGGCGCACAGGAUGAGGUGGACAAUUGGUAUCUCUGCACGGCGCCAGCGCUGCGGAAGAUCGUGCAGGACUGGCUGCCCGGCAAGGCUCUCGUGUAUGAGAAUUUCGAUUAUUGA